UACCGGAAGCUGCCUUUUACUAACUGAAGGUGUAAGAUUGUUUUUCAAUCAGUGCGGGUCUGCAGAACAGUAGGCUCUGAGAAGUAAGCUGCAGUUCCAACAACAGGAAUAUGAUAAAUAAAGAGAACAUGCUUUCUGACGAUGAAAAAGUUACCCAACAAACAGAAAACCUCCAUCUGAGGCGUGAGAUCGGAUUGGUUAGUGCCGUAUCCCUGAUCGCUGGUACAAUGAUAGGAUCUGGGAUUUUUAUGUCUCCUCAGUGGGUCCUCUACUAUGUGGGAAGUCCAGGAGCCAGUCUACUGAUAUGGGCUGCUUGUGGUCUGCUUGCCAUCCUGGGGGCAUUGUCCUAUGCAGAACUCGGAACUGUGAUUAAGGAGUCAGGAGGAGAGUACAUAUAUAUUUUAAGAAAUAUUGGCUCGCUGCCUGCAUUUCUCUUGGCAUUCACUUCUGUCAUGGUAGUGAGACCUGCUAGCAUUGCAGGGAUAUCUUUGAGUUUCGCAGAAUAUGUGGUGGCAUCUUUCUACCAAGAUUGCCCAAUGCCCCAAGUGGUGGUUAAGUGUACUGCAGCUGCGUGCAUCUUGGUCUUAGCCAUCAUUAAUUGUCUUAAUGUUAGGCUGGCAACCUCUAUUAUGAACAUUUUUACAACAGCCAAAAUCUUAGUAUUGUUGGUUAUAAUUGCGGGUGGAAUGGUUCUUUUGGCCAAAGGGAACACUCAGGUAUUGCAGAACUCCUUUGAAAAUACAGUCACCGGUUUUGGUCCUAUAGGAGUGGCUUUUUAUCAAGGACUCUGGUCGUAUGAUGGAUGGAACAACCUUAACAGUGUGACGGAGGAACUGAAGAAUCCCGAGGUAAACCUCCCACGAGCGGUCAUGAUUGCUAUUCCACUUGUCACAUGCAUUUAUCUUCUUGCCAACAUCAGCUACUUUGCAGCUAUGACGCCCCGUGAGCUUCUUUCAACAGAUGCUGUAGCAAUCAGCUGGGGGAUUAAGGUGCUCGGUACAUGGACAUGGAUAAUCACACUGGGUGUUGCCCUAUCUACCUUUGGCUCAGCCAAUGGGACUUUUUUCAGUGGAGGGCGAGUGUGCUAUGUAGCCGCCAGAGAAGGACAUCUGCCAGAUAUCCUAUCAAUGGCCCACGUGAACCGGCUCACACCUUCUCCUGCUCUGAUAUUCACAACCUUCAUCUCCCUGAUAAUGAUCAUACCAUCAGACUUCAGCAGUAUUGUCAACCUUUUCAGUUUUACAGCCUGGCUUUUCUAUGGAAUAACAAUAUCUGGGCUUGUGUACAUAAAAAUUAAGAAGCCGGACAUUCCCAGGCCUUAUAAGGUUCCAAUCAUUAUACCCAUCAUUGUGCUGAUCGCGUCCGUGUACCUGGUGUUGGCUCCAAUCAUCUUCAGUCCGCAACUGGAAUAUCUUUACGUGGCUAUCUUUAUACUGAGUGGGACUAUUCUCUAUAUUCCUGUGGUCCGAUACAAAUGGUCUCCUAAAGCUUUCAGAUCAAUUACGCUCCAUCUUCAGCUCCUGCUUGAAGUGGCUCCAACAGAUAAAAACCAAUGAGCUGCCUCCAGAGCAUGAUAACACAUUUUAAUUUAAUAAUUACUAUUAAUGGGAGAUAUUCCUAAUAAAGAAAAACAUUAAAUUGGUCUGCUGACAAAAGGAUACCUCUUAAAAUAAUACUAGCAAUGAUCAAACGGACUAUGGAUGAAAAAGUACGCUGUAGUUGCUGUGAUAAACUCAGCAGCUGAACUCUGCAGGCCAGGUACACUCUGAAACAUUAUAUUAAAGCAAAGUUUUUUAUACUCUAUGUGAAUCCAACCAAUAGUAUCUAUGUGUUGCGGCUUAAACUGGGGCACAUCAGUUCAAUGCAUAUAGAUUGUAUAAAUUUAAAUGGAAGUUACGCAUUGUCAUUAUGUCAUUAACACAGGUUUUAUAAUCAGGCUAUCAAGUAUAGAAAGGGUUAAUCUGCUCAGCUACGUUGUGAUGUGAGCAGAGUUUAGGAUAGGAUAAUUACAGACUGCUCAUGGUGAGAGGGUGAAUGUUGAAGGUUGACAUUUUUUAAAAAUAAUUUAUGAUAUACUGUCUGGGUACUGAAAUCAGUGGGCAAACUGCCCAGUAAACAGCAGGGGCAUUGCUAGGGUCAUAAAAUAUCUGGGGUUUGGGCCAAAACAAAAUUUUCUGAACCCUCCUCAUAAUCCCACAUCUGAUCCCUUACAAACUCUGCCCCUUAACAACUGCAAUAUAUGCCUCUUAACACACUCAUGGACACAUACACAAAGACAUACACACAGACACAGGCACACACACACACACACACACACACACCCAACCAUGCGCAAUGACUGGCACUUACAGAGGCACAUACAGUAAUACAAACAGCAGUUUAUUCACUAAACUGCGUGUUGAUAGCUGAUUUGUAAAUUUUAUUCCACAAUAACAGAAUCGGAAAAAAUAAUAUCCCACAUUGUUAAACGUACUACUUUCUCAAACUUUGCUAUUUAGUCCUAGGGCUUGUAAGCUAGUUGUCAACGUGCCACAACUAACUAUUUAGUGAACGAGUCCCUAACAAUUCCAUCUCUAAUAUCUAGAUACAUUAACAAAUAUACAGCUUAAUAAACAUUGGAUAACAUGGCCAGCUAGAGUAAAACACCAUGAAAAUGUAAAGUUUACCGAAAUGAGUGUUACAUAACAGUAUCUUAAUAGUUACAAUAUCUAGUUUACUCUAUCAAAAAUAAAAAUUACAGUGAAACACUGUAAAUAAAAAACGCAGGUCUUAUCUGAUUCAGUGUAUUGCAUUUUGUUUUUGAUACAUGUUUUUCUAUGGCAAGAAUGUACUUAGACUCUGCAUUUGGCACCCCUGGGGGAUCCUGUAUUUGACUCAUCCCAACUUUAAAAUG